UGCGGGCAGCAGCGGUGAGCGGGGCUGGCGCGCAGGUCACCGGGGCCCGCACACGGUGCUGAGAGGCCGUGGCCGGGAGAGACGAUGGCCAAAUGGCUGAAUAAGUACUUCAGCCUGGGCAAUAACAAGACCAAGAGUCCCCCGCAGCCUCCGCGGCCCGACUACCGAGAGAAACGCAACGGUGCCGGCAGUGUGCCCUGCCCUGACGGGCCGCCGCACCUCCACCUUCACCACCACACCUCGCCUGGCUUUCCGCACCGCCGACUGCGCGAUGACACCAGUGACCUGCUCCGUGCCUACCGCGCCCAGAAAGACCGUGACUUCGAGGACCCCUACAGUGGGCCCGGCUCAUCCCUGCGCAAGUUGCGUGCCAUGUGCCGCCCGGACUACUCCACGCCCGAGGGCCUGGGUGAGGCUGCCCCCAAGGCUUUCUCCUCGUCAUCGUGCUGCGCCGCGCCCCCUGCCACCUGCGCAGCCGGCUCCCCGCACCUCUUUCGCAGCCACAGCGAGCGCCGCCCAGCGAUGCUGCCUGACGUGAAGUACAUCUCCCCCAAGCACCGGCUUAUCAAGAUCGAGAGCGGCAGUGGCAGCGAUGGUGCAGGCAAGAAACUCAACAAGGGCUCCAAACAGCUUGUGACCUCUGUCCCCUCUGCCAUGAAAGAUAAAGUAAUGAUAGCUGAUGACUACUCAGAUCCGUUUGAUGCUAAAAGUGAGUUGAACAGAAUGGGAAAAGGGGAGAACACUGGCUAUAUGGAACCAUAUGAAGCCCAGAGAGUAAUGACUGAGUUUCAGAAGCAGGAAGGCAUGAAGUCCAGUCAGAAAAACAUGCAGCUCUAUGACACACCCUAUGAACCAGAAGGCAGUGGUGUGGACUCUGAUUCUGAAAGCGUGGUGAGUCACCAUUUACGAGAAAGCAAAUUGCCACAGGAUGAUGACAGGCCUGCAGAUGAGUAUGAUCAGCCAUGGGAGUGGAACAAAGUCACCAUCCCAGCUCUGGCAGCCCAAUUUAAUGGAAGUGAGAAACGACAAGCAUCUCCUUCUCCCUCAAAUGACCAGCGCAGGCAGUUAAAAGCACCUGGAGGAGGCUUUAAACCCAUCAAACAUGGCAGUCCAGAAUUUUGUGGGAUCCUGGGAGAGAGAAUAGAUCCAACUAUUCAACUGGAAAAGCAGAUAUGGUAUCAUGGAGCAAUCAGUCGGACAGAUGCAGAAAACCUGUUACGUUUGUGUAAAGAGUGUAGCUACCUUGUAAGAAAUAGUCAAACAAGCAAGCAUGACUAUUCUCUUUCACUGAAGAGCAGUCAAGGUUUUAUGCACAUGAAACUGAUGAAAACCAAAGAGAAAUACAUCCUGGGUCAGAACAGCCCUCCCUUCGACAGUGUUCCUGAAGUCAUCCACUACUACACCACAAAAAAGCUGCCUAUCAAAGGAGCAGAACACUUGUCACUGCUCUACCCUGUGGCUGUGCGGACCCUCUAAUAACCUAGUCUCACCCCUUCCUGUGGAUGGGAGGUGAGAGGUUUUUUUGUUUGAUUGCUGUUGUUCCCAGAACUAUAUGGCACUGAAGGUGUUAUCGGAGAGCUGGAACACACCGAACAACCAACACAGCAUCAAUCACCAUCUCGGCUGCAGGUCAGAGCCCUUCCCUGCAUGAUCAGACGUGCUGCAAACUGAUUCGUGGAGUUCUUAAAUGCAGCUCCAGUUACCUUCGUUUUCUCCACUUUCUGCAAAGCCCAAAGCCUUCCUGAAAACACACAUUGUGACAUUAUUCUGGGAUCACCAAAGCUGCGGAGCUGCUGUGUUUUUUCAACGUGGAGCCGCCGGCUGCUCAUGCGUGUGUCCUUCCUUCACAGUUUGCAUUUCUUCAGUUUACAGCCGUGUGACCCCCAGCUGCUGAAGAAGGAGGCUGGUUCAUGCGCAAAACCAGGUUUUCCUGCUUUUAAAGAAACGACGCAUUAACCAAGCCCAGAGCAAUUAUAGCGGGGAUUACUGCAAUGUUUUUUUUUUUAUUUAAGCUUAAUGUUAACUUAAUGUUCAUCAUAUUCGAGUUUUUCCUUCAUAUUGAGUUUUGUUGUUACUGAAUCCUAGUAUUUUGGUUAUUUCAACAACAGCAACAAGGAAAACAGAAACUAUGUUUAGCCUGCUUGUGGUCAUUUCAGUGUUUGCACUUUGUCUCUCCAGCUGCAUUUCUCCUUUCCUUCCUUUAUCCUAGUUUCCCAUUCCUCCUUCUUUUGCCACCAACUGGAAAAGCUCAAAUCUAAAUGCCAAAUAAUUUGGUUUCAGUUUUGGAAAAUUAAAAAAAUAUACAUG